AUGGGAAAUCUUCCGGAGGAUAGACCGAAAAGCAAGCCACUGGAAGUACAGAGCACGUCAGAUCCCCGCAUCAUCGAGUCGCCUGAAGAGCGCAAAGAAGAAGAAAUGAAAGAUGACCUCUUCCACAGCCCUAGCUACCUGGUCUAUCAGGCGAUUGUGGGUCCGGCAUUUGAGUUCUUCGUACAGGCACAGCAAGUUGUUCGACGUAUCAUCUGCAUUGAUUUACAUCACCGCAGUCGUGGAACACUGAGCGACGAAUUCGAGGUGUUACAGAUCGCCCACAAAGUUGGCGCCGACCUCGAGACCCUUUGGCACCGCAGACCCUCCGUGAUCGACGUGUACGGGCAACCGGAAGCCUUGCAUGAUACACUCUGUGCCCCAGUUGCUCUUGAAGUCUGCCGUACUUUCAGACAAUAUGUGGCAAACUUUUUAGCAAACUUCAUCUACCUCCACCGAGUCGCCUUUGCAAUAUAUCCUCGGACAGACCGUGUCAACGGUGCUGUCGACAAGAUUAUCCAGCUAGCUACGAUCGAGUCUGCAGGAUCUUUACCUGGUCAUCUACCAGUCAGCUUCAUGUGGCCAAUAUUCAUCGCAGGUCUGGAAGGCUCGCAGGACCAACGUCAGUGGAUUGUCCAAGAGAUGCAGCGAAUGGCAGCCGCACGCGAGAAUGAACCAGCCACGUCGAUUUCACGACAUCCCUCGGCCGAUAAGAUUCUCUUGUUACUGGAAGAGAUGACCCGUAGGCAAGAUGUCUCACGAUCCUGGGCGGAUUCGCGGUGCGUGCGACGAGAACUAUUCUCGAAUCCGUUUGUCAUCAUUUGA